AUGACCCUCUCAUCCCUUCUCCGCAUUACCCCCCGCCUCACCCCGACCGCGGCCCGCAGGACGGUCAGAGCUGUGUCUUCGGUAUCUGGCACAAAUGCCACUCAACAGAAGUCUUUGGACUCAAUUUUGAUUGCCAACCGCGGAGAAAUUGCAUUACGCGUUGGGCGGACUGCUGCGGAGCAUGGAAUUCGCGUGACCACUCUCUACACAGAUCCGGAUAGUCGGUCACAACACGCUAUAAGCUCGCCAUUUGCCUUUAACUUGGGCUCUGUUUCCGCGUAUUUGGAUGGGGAUCGAAUCAUUGAGAUUGCGAAAAAGGAAGGGUGUCGGGGGAUACACCCUGGAUAUGGAUUCUUGAGCGAGAACUCUGCCUUCGCCAAAAAAUGCACUGAAGCUGGACUUGUGUUUAUCGGCCCUCCAUGGAAAGCAAUCGAGGAAAUGGGCGAUAAGAGUCGCUCCAAAGAGAUUAUGCUUGCUGCAGGUGUGCCCUGCGUCCCUGGGUACCACGGACACAAUCAAGACCCUCAAUUCCUCGAAGCCGAAGCCGAUAAGAUCAAGUACCCGGUCCUCAUCAAAGCUAUCAAGGGAGGUGGUGGAAAGGGAAUGCGUAUCGCUAGUUCCAAGGCUGAGUUCCAGGCGCAACUUGAGUCUGCGAAAUCAGAAUCCAUGAAUUCUUUUGGAGACGACAAUGUCUUGGUGGAGAAGUACAUUACCACUCCUCGGCACAUUGAGGUCCAGGUAUUCGCGGACAAACAUGGUAAUAGCGUCGCAUUGGGCGAGAGAGAUUGCAGUAUUCAGCGCAGACAUCAGAAGAUCUUGGAGGAGUCUCCAGCGCCGCAUCUUCCAGACGCAACUCGCAAGGACAUCUGGGCUAAAGCCCGCUCUGCCGCUUUAGCAGUCGGAUAUGAAGGCGCCGGUACUGUGGAGUUUAUCUUCGACAAUGACACGGGUGAAUUUUACUUCAUGGAGAUGAACACCCGGCUCCAGGUCGAGCACCCUGUGACCGAGAUGGUUACAGGACAAGAUCUCGUACACUGGCAGAUCAUGGUAGCGGAGGGUGCCCCCCUGCCGCUCACACAGGAGCAAGUGGAAGAGCGGAUCGCUUGCAGUGGUCACGGCAUUGAAGCCCGUAUCUAUGCUGAAAACCCAAAUCAGGGAUUCGUCCCCGAUUCUGGACGCUUAAUUCAUGUGCGAACACCUACUACGACAGACGAUGUUCGCAUUGAUGCUGGUUUCGUCGAAGGCGACGAUGUCUCUGCACACUACGAUCCCAUGAUCUCCAAGCUGAUCGUUCGCGGUGAAACCCGUGAGGAGGCCAUUCGCAAGCUGAGCACAGCACUAGAACAGUACGAGGUUGCUGGCCCUAUCACCAAUAUCGAAUUUCUCAAGACUAUUUGUCGUAGUCCAGAUUUCAUCUCUGGGAACGUUGAGACUGGCUAUAUUGAGAAGCACCGAGAGGAGCUAUUUGCUCCAAAGCCGAUCGAGGAUGAGACCCUCGCUCAAGUUGCACUAGCAUGCCUACACCGUGACGCCUAUUCGGCCACCAGGCCCUCUGAUGGACUUGCCGGGUCGGCGGUCGGGUUUGCCCCAAGCUUCAUGCAGCGAGAACUAUCAUUCAUCGAAUCAACAGGGGCAAUCAGCGAAGGUACUCCCCUCCAUGUCCGUGUUCAGCAGACAGCCGAUCACACAUUCAACAUCGACUCCGGAGACAAAGUCUUCGAGCAAGUCGAGAGUCGCAUGGAUCCUGACACACACGUUGUGACAUCUUUCUUCCCCCACACCCGGCUUGACACCACUGUGGUUCAGGACGAGGACACCAUAAUCGCGUUCCAGCGAGGUGUGCAAUAUCGCCUGACCGUUCCGAGAGCCAAGUGGAUGGAGAAGGCGCUGGGCAUGAAGGAUGUCGCCAACAGCGUAUUAGCCCCGAUGCCGUGCAAGGUUCUUCGAGUGGAAGUACAGGCUGGCGAUGUGGUGGAGAAAGAUCAGCCAUUGGUUGUCAUUGAAAGUAUGAAAAUGGAGACAGUAAUCCGCAGCCCACACCGAGGUACGAUCUCGCGUGUCGUUCAUAAACAAGGAGAUCAAUGCAAGAGCGGCACGCCCCUGGUCGAGUUUGCCGAAGAGCAAGAAUAA